AUGUUACUGUGUAAUGCCCGUUCGCUGCUGCCCAAAGUAGACGAACUCACCGUUGUUGCAGAACAGACAGGCUCAUCGGUAUUAGGAAUCACCGAAUCAUGGUUGCGUCCAGACAUUCCAGACAGUGUUGUAGACUUAAAUGGCUUCGUGCUGCACAGAAAGGACCGCACUGGUGGCGGGGAUGGAGGUGCAUGUGCUUACGUUAGAUCCUCUAUCCCUCACAGUAGACUUGUUGACUUGGAAGAUGAUUCGUUUGAGUGCCUGUGGCUUAGGAUACGCCCAGAUCGUCUGCCGAGAGGGGUUAACAGCAUCAUCACCGGCGUGCUGUACAAUCCUCCACCAGGUACGAUAAGGUGCAAACCUGACACAGAAGUCAUCUCGUACUUGUGUAAGUCUAUCCAGUCUGCAGAGAUGAAAUACCCCCUGUCUGGAGUGAUACUGAUGGGGGACACGAACCAGUUGAAGCACCAGCCCCUGUGCACAAGGUGUCGACUGAAGCAGGUGGUAAAAUCUCCAACACGAGGUCAGAAUCAGCUGGAUUCUAUAUUCACUAAUCUGACCAAGUUCUACAACGAACAACCGCAGCAUCACCCACCGCUUGGCCAGUCUGACCAUCAGCUCCUAACUCUCCCGGGUAGACCCUGGCCAAAGGAUCCAGUGUUUGUUCACCGCCGUAGGAAGUGUACUCCUGAGGCGAUGCGAGCGCUCGGGCUAGCACUUAACCUUGUAGACUUUACGCCAGUGGAGGAAACCGCAAACGUUGACCAGAAAGUAGAGCGCUUUUAUUCCAUCGUGUGUCCACUCCUUGACAAGACAGUGCCACUGAAGAAGGGAAAAGUCACGUCCCAAGACAAGCCGUGGAUAACCCCACACAUAAAGCGCUUGAUAGCUGAGAGACAGAAAACCUACAUGUCGGGUAACACUGGUGCUUACCAAAAGCUAAGAAACAAGGUUCAACGCUGUCUGAAGUCUGCCAAAAAGUUGUACUACCAGAGAGAAGUGGAAGAACUCAAGCACACAGACUCAAACAAAUGGUUCAGCAUGGUCAAGUCCCUGAUAGGAGUGUCGGCGCCGAGAGGGAGAACUCCUCAAAGCUCAGCUACCGAAGAGAAAGACAUGUGCGAGUCCCUGAGCGAACACUUCUCCUCAGUCUGGGCCAACGUACAGCGUUCCAUUCCUGAUGUUGCGGAUGUAGCCAGCCAGCUCUCGGACGGAUUUUUACCUGAACUGAGCAUAUAA